CAUGGAUUACCUUCCGAUAUAAUUCUUGGCAUGCCAUGGGUCGUGAAAACAAGAUGUGGUUUCGAGUGGAAGGAUAGAAAAUGUUAUUGUACGAUUCAAUCUGAUAAUGGUGAAACUAUGUUUGUGAUAUGGGAAGAACCAAUUAUAGAUGAAUAUAUUGUAGAUAAAGUUUGUGUGAAGGAAAGGAAUAAUAACAGAAGAAUGAAUGAUGUUGCAGACAUGAGAAGU